UAAUUAUGAUUAAAAUUGAGAUAGCAAAUCAAUAUAGGAAAUUAGAAUGUGUUAUGUAAAAAUGCAAGAAAAUGUGUUAGAAAAUGACAAGUAAGAUGAUAAUAGAAGAUCAAUUAACUUGUCAAGUAGCUUGACUCUAUGGAUAAGAAGUCAAUCAACUUUAAUGUUGUUUAAACCAAAUUCUAGGUAAAUCGCUAAUGAUUAGUAAGGCCUGUAGAUAUUUCUUUCCAAUGAAGACCUGAAAUCAUAACAUAGACAAUAUUAACCGAGGACUCCACACCAAGAGAGAUCACGUAAUGGGAGCCAAGAGGUUUUUAUUGGAAAAUUUAAAUUUGCGGGUCAUGUACAGAAAUACAAGCUAAUUUAUGAGUCAUCAUGUUGGUUUAGUCCAUGCAGAGCUAGCUCUUCUUCUUCCAAAGCAUUUAUUCUUCGUCGUCUUGCAAUAUAAAGAAAAUAGAAUCUAUUAACAACACCAUACAUGAUGAUUUUAACCCAGUUACAACUUUACCUCAUUAAAAAUAAAAAAUAAAAAAAAAUUUCCAUUGAAUAUAUUGUACAUAUAUAUGUGUGUGUUGGAUAAUUAAACGAAUACAAUAAUCAAAUAACCAAUCACAUAAUAGUUUUAAUGAAAAUAAUAAUAAUAAUAAAUUAACAAUGAUGAUACACAACAUUAUUUCUCGUUCAUUUUUAUUUGUUCAUAUCAUAGUGUAUCUUAAAUUGUCGAUAUGAAUUAAAAUAAAAACUGAAUUGUCCAUUCAAAGUUUCUUCUUUUUCUCAUCUUCUUUCUUUUUUUUCCUUCAUCUUCUUCUUGUUUUAAUUCCAUUUUCGCCCACGUUUUCAUAUAGCAAUUGAAUAAAUAUGACUAUAUAUAUAUAUACGCAUAGAUAGAUAGAUUUAAUUGACAUCUUGUAUAUUACGUUACAAUAGUUUAUAAAAUUAAUUUACUCUAAUAUUUACUUUCUAUAUUGGAUAAUCAUUAGCUAUGUGUAUUUGUUAAUCUAUUCAACUUGAAGAUGAACCGAUCAAUUAAAGAUCAUUUAUGAUACUGUUUAAAUAAAAUUUUCAAACAAUAAAUUCAAUACCAGAAUGCUCAAAACACCAAAGUGGUUCACGAAGAAUAAUAAUAUACGUCAGAUAUAAACUAUAUAAAUUUCAUUAGGAAAAAAGGGAUAGUAACAGUUUCACCAAACUAAUAGACCAACUACAAUAAAUGAAUAUUUUUCAUACUGUACAUAUGUCGACACAUUUCUAUUGGAAAUUCUGUAUCUGUUUAGUAUUCUGUCUAUUUAUAUUCAACUACGGUAAAUGUAAUGAUUGUGUACUCCAUAUAGACGAUUUGAAUAACUGUGCAAAAUUGGCUGGAGUUAGAAGAAUUCCAGAAAAAUAUGAAGGGUUUGGCUUUGGUUUUGGUUCAGUCGGUGAUGUGGAACAAAUGUGUCGAACAAAAUGGCAUAUCAAAGUGUAUUCAUGUGCUCAGUUAACUAUUCUAAAUCGUUGCUCACCUGAAUCGACUUCUCAUUUUAGAAAUGUAAUGUGGCAAUUUAUUUUUGACACAACACCUUAUGAAAAAGCAGCAAACUAUUUAUGUCAACAAUAUAAUCUACGUAUUUUCAGGUACCAUCGCGAUAAAUGUCUUUCCGUAUAUGAGUCUCAAGUUGAAAACUGUUCCAAACAAUAUUCAAACCUUUUGUCUAAAACAUAUUUGCAGCUGGCUAAUAGUAAUCCAGUGAACUCACGUAAUGCGGAUGAAUAUGCGAAUUAUAUGAAAUCAGUGUUACGUUCAACAUAUUGUACUGGAACUAUCACAAAAGUUAAUUGUAUCAAGAAAAUACUUGAAUAUCAUUGUUCAAGUGAUAUUAUUGAAUUAAUUCAAAAUUAUUUCAGAGAAACUUUACCAUAUGGAUGUGAACAAACUAUUAAUAUUUCUGAACAUUUAUUACCAAAUAUUAUAAAUCAAUCAAAUCAAACUGAUUUUAUCGUAAACGAUUAUCAUAAUAUACACAUAGCAACUAAUUUAAAUCAAAUCAAAUUAAAUAAAAUCAAUAAAAGUUCUCAACAUUCGAUUUCUAAUCAACAAAAUGAUAUAAAAAAUACAAAACGUAGUAACUAUUUAAAUAUGAAUUCAAAUACAAUUUUAUUAAAAACAACAUCAAAAAAAAUAAAUAAUCAUUGUAAUAAAUUAUUUAUUAAUAUGAUCAUAUAUAUUACAUUAUUAUCUACAAUUUUAAAGUAUGAAUUUGAUAUUUGAAAAUAAAAACAAAACAAUAAAAAAAUAAAGAAAACUAUGAGUAGUAUAUUGAAUAUUUAAUUGAGUAGACUCAUAAUGUGGAAUUUCAAAUCAAGAUAUCAAUGUUAUUUUCUAACUAUUAUUAAAGUGAAUAACUCUUCUAAUUAACAGAAUCAAAUGAUUAAGAUUAUUUUUAUUGAAAGCCAAAAAUGAUACACGUUUCAAAAGCUAAUUAUAAUUAAUAUGAAUCAAUUAUUAACAUUUAGAUUUUUAUUUGUCAAGAUCAUGUUUUUUUUUGUUUGUUUGCAAAAAAAAAGUAAAUCAAUAAUAUACAAUAGAUCAUUUUAUUCAGUUACUUGAAAUGAUUAUAGUAAAAUGUUAAAUAUUCAACAAAUAAUUGUUUAUGUAAUCAUGUAUACAAAUGAUUUUACUAUUUUGAAUAAACAACAUUUUUUUGGAGUUAUAUUUAA